AUGGCCAUGCCGACUCGCUGUAGCCAGGAACCACACGACUUUUUCCUUGAAGACACUGGGGAAACUCUAAUUCCGGCGCGCUUGCGAAGUGAUUCAGGGACCCUGGCUGGUGCUAUUCGAGAGCAGCCAGAGGGGGGGCUUGACGAGAUCCUGCAGCAGGCGGUGCGCAACCAGCCCGCCCCAGACCAGCCGGCUGGCCAGCUUCUCCAGUCAGGCACCAAGCAAGACAAAAGAAAGGGGAUCGGUUUUCCCAGAGCCUCCAAAGCACACGACACCACGACACUGAAUGUGGACGUGAGCGACUUGGUCGAGACCAGCCCCAUUGUCGUCAUCGUUGGGCCUCCACCCGGCAUCACCAGCAUCCCUGCACCGCCAACCCACAACUACAACCCGACCCGGCACUCGCCAUCCGGGCUUUGCCAGAGCACUUUGUCUCGUUUCCCCAUUCGAGACUCAGAAACUUCUGCCUGGAACCUCUUGGGCUCCUGCCUAGAGACAACGCACGCUCUCAGGCGAGACCCAGAGGCUGCAUCAGCUUAUCGCCAGCGGCGCACCAGCGCCCUUUCCGUUGCCGGCCAAUUAUCUUGGGUGCAUCGCCCUGCGCAAUCAGAAACGUAA